ACUUGUAUUUUAUGCAGAAAAAAAAAUGGCUUCAUCUUCUAUUGAUAAUACGAACUUAAGAUUAAAGCAAAGGUUUUGUAAUUGUGGAAGAAUAGCUUCCAUGCGUAUUGUACGAACCAAUGCGAAUGGAAAUAAAGGACGUGUCUAUUUUGUUUGCCCAAGAAAAUAUGAUUCGAACGACCACUGCAAUUACUUCAGGUGGUUCGCAGAUGAUGACGAGGACGACAUUACCUCAUCAAUCCGUGGCAAUGCUGACGACGACGACAUUACUUCAAGGCUUGGUGAGCAUGAUAGAAGGCUUCAAAGGAUUGAGAACAUCUUGAAGGCAGUGACUUAUGUCAUUGUAUUUUGUGUAUUUUUUUACUUUUUCAUGUAAAUGACUCAGUUCUUAGGUUUUCGAACAUCUUAUGAAUGUAAUCUACUUUUGUACUUGUUUUGUAAUUUUUUUUGGUGCUCCAAAUUCU